UGUUGUGUGUUUGAGUCGACGCCAUUUCGUGUCCACUGGUUUCAAGGUGAUACAAUCAGCCUGCAGAGCCGUUAACGGAUCUUUACCUACUCAAGUAAAAACAGCGUUGAAUUUUACUCAUUUUUAGUAUUAAGCUCCUGGUGAGUAUUUUUAACCGAGAGAUUUUUUUUCCCCCUAUAUUUUUUUUAUUUUUUUCUCGACUUUGAAACCUCUUUCGGACUUUUUGUUUUUAUUUUUAAUGCAUUUUUCUCCUGGCUGGUAUUCCUGAGACUGUGUUGGCUUUUAGUGGCGUACAUUUUGUGUUUGGCAUAUUGAGCUGCGCAGAAACUAGUUUUAAGUAGCUUCCACCACAAGAUUUUUGUUUUUCGAAUGAGACAUUUCAAAAAAACCUCCAUUUUUCUCAGGGCUGCUGUGUUACUACCAGUGUUUAUCUGAUUGUGGUUCGUAUUUUCGAGGAAAGAAAGAUGGAAGAAUGUUCCAGUCUUUUCUGGACUGUGUUCAAAGCGGGUCGCCCUUUUUCUGGAAAUAUGUUUUCAAAAGGCUUUUUAAUCUCGUCGUGUGUUUUGCCUCCACCUGUAACUUGAUAUGCAGUCGUUGACAGUGACUCAUAAGACGUGUUUUUCCUGUUUUCCCUGUUGAUUUCGGCAGACAGUAUAUUUUCUGCAGCAAAUCUCUCACGAGUGAUGUAAUUUUUCAGGCAAGAUGUUUUUCCUCAAUGACAAGUGGGGGCGUUUUUUUCUUAAAAGGACACCUGGGAUUGCUGUAGCAUUGGUGUGACAGAGUUUGUGCAUUUAUUUUGUUUUUGAAGCCACUUUUUUGAACGGCAGCAAAUCAGUCAGACAGGCAGGCAGACCUCCACCAACCCGAGUACAGACACAAUGGACCCGAUGGCGAGUAACGUGACCAACAGGACCGACCCUCGAUCCCUCAACUCCCGGGUCUUCAUUGGCAACCUCAACACCCUGCUGGUCACCAAGGCCAACGUGGAGGCCAUCUUCUCCAAGUACGGCGCCAUCGUGGGCUGCUCCGUCCACAAGGGCUACGCCUUCGUCCAGUACGCCAACGAGAGGAACGCCCGGGCUGCCGUGGUCAACGAGGACGGCCGCAUGGUCGUAGGACAGGUGCUAGACAUCAACCUGGCAGGCGAGCCGAAACCUCACAGAUCGAAGACAGUGAAGCGUUCUGCAGGAGACAUGUACAGUUCAUCUGUUGAUUUGGAUUACGACUUCCAAAGAGAUUACUAUGACAGGAUGUACUCCUACCAGCCCCGGGUGCCCCCUCCCCCUCCGCCCCUGUCCCGGGCCGUCAUCCCCUCAAAGCGCCCGCGGGUCAGCCUGAGCGGAGGAGGCAGCCGACGGACCAAAACCAGCUUCUCCUCGUCCUCCAAGACCAGCCAGAAGACUUCCCGUACGAUGAAGGUCGAUGAUCUGCAGACCAUCAAGAGAGAGCUGACGCAGAUCAAACACAAGGUGGACUACCUGCUGGAGAGCCUGGAGCGCAUGGAGAAGGACCACAGCAAGAAGUCAGAGAUGAAGAACCAACCGGAGCCAGGUGAGGUGUCGCCACACAACUCCUCCACCUCCAGCAAGAAAGACGACAGCCUGAAACGAGGGAUGCACGACUCAGAGGAGGAGGAGGGAGACUUGCUGGAGGACGAAGACGAGAUUAAAAGCAGAGAGAGGGAGGAGGAGGAGGAAGGCGAGCCUGAGGAAGGAGAGGAAGGAGAGGACGACGGAGACAGCGCCAACGGAGAGGAGUCCUAAACUACACACUGCAGACACACACACACACACACACACACAAAUUGUGUAUGAUCGUAUCUCCACACCAGACUCGUACACAGUGGUCAUCUGCUCAUAUUGGCUGAACUGACUGGACAUUUAUAAACAUAUUGUAGAUAUUGCUUACACACACACACACACACACACACACACACACACAUACACACACACACAUAUAUAUAUACAGACUCAUAAUUGGAUUUUUCUUACGUUUUUUUCUGACAUUCAUUUAUUAUUUGAGUUUUUAUGUAUGUUUUCUGCUGUCGGUUAAAUGCAGACUCUGUUAUAAACUCGAUUAUUAUUUUACAUUGUUUUUAUGUUUGAUCAUCGGGCCUCUCAAGUAUAAAAAAUUCACUGAGGAAUUGUUUUUUUUAGAUAAUAAUUGAUGUAAAAUUAAAAAAAAUUGACAUUAGCGUCUUUUAUUACAGCUUUGGGGUUUGAAAAUGUCUAAAAAUGUAUUCCUGGUCGAGCUGCUGCACAGCUUCCUUUUAACCAGCAGGUGGCGGCGUAUCACAACAACCGGGCACCCAAAAGACCACAAGGACUCGUUUCUGUUCACCUUCUGCUUGUCAGCAUGCACAAAAACCCUCAAACGAGACAGACUGACGCAGACAAACUCCUCACUGCUCUGAAAAUAGUUCUGUUUGUUGCAGAGGUGUUGCGACCUUAAAACUGACUUGUGUAAUGCAGUGCUACUCCAUGUUUGUCUCAUUCUGUUGAUGUUUUUUGUUUGUCGUUCGACGGCACUGGUUAAAGUGAAUAAACAUGUUUUCCAAGUUGGAA